CGUGCGCGCGCGCACACGCACGCACGAAAUUGUAUUCAUGAGGUGCAGCUGGCUUGGCAGUUGGCACUACCUUAAAAAUGGUUGCGCUCUACACCACGUGACGCGAUUCCUGGAAAGUUCUUGGAAAUCGGUAUUUUGUGUGUAGCUGUGGGUUUAAUGGGGAUUUGGUUAUUAAAAACACAUACCGAAGGAAAGGGAUUCAACGCCGCGGAAAAGACUGUCAUUGGGAUCUGUACCAAAAGCAAGACAAGCGUGGUUUGGUGACUUUCUGUAUGGUGUUUUAAAUCUGAACAUUACCAGCAGUGAGCGAGUCGUGCCGACUUGCCUCGGUCGCGAGACGUUGUCAUUGCCUGUUUUGCACCACGGGUUGGAAAAAUAUUCUGAGUUUGUUUGCCAUCGCCAAAAUGACAACUGCUUGAUUAGCCCGCCAGAACAUACAUAAUACGGCAUGGAAAUCCCUAGCUAUGUAAUCUGUCAGUGUGAUCGACAUGGCUAAACUAGCUAGCUGUUCCAUGGAAGUGUAUAGCUAACGAGCGGUUUGGUGCUUUGUUUAUUCAUCUUAGUCCCCUUUUUCUUUAGGGAGAAGUGUAUUUGAAUUACCAUCGGUAGUCGUUUGGUGCUGGAUCCACGCGCAAAUAGGACGAUACAUAAGAUUCGAGAAGAAACUUGCAGAAGAAACUGGUUUUGCGACUGUGGGGCAACUGCCUGUCUUCUGGGGAAUAUUUUUGCAUUUGUCGGAUGACUUUUGGCCUACGGCUGGGCAAUUUCGGGUGGUUCCCCAAUGACCUGCCACUCACCCGAAUCCACGGAUACCAUCGAAAACGAGAGAAGAACGGAUAUCGUGUCACGGGUUGUAGAUUCCGACGAGACUCGCAUCGCUCAGACCAUGAAAGACCUUAAAAAUACAGGCUGGUACUGGGGCAGCCUGACUGCCAACGAAGCCAAAGAGAUUCUCCAGGAUGCAUCGGAGGGCACCUUCCUGUUGCGAGAUAGCUCCCAGAGGGACUACCUGUUCACCAUCUCUGCCAUGACCUCUGCCGGCCCCACCAACUUGCGCAUCGAGUACAAGGAGGGCAAGUUUAAACUGGAUUCGGUGGUGCUGAUCAGGCCCAAGCUCAAGCAGUUUGACAGUGUGGUGCACCUGGUGGAACACUACGUGCAGCUGUCCAGGACUACCAGUAAAAAGCCGUCGUCAGGGGCAUCGCAGUCCCUGGCCCCCCACAACGGGACGGUUCAGCUGCUCCUGACCAAGCCUGUGUACACUGCCACGCCCUCUCUACAGCACCUGUGCCGUAUUGCUAUCAACACCGCCACCAGGCAGGUGCAGGAGCUGCCUUUACCCAACAGGCUAAAAAUCUACCUGACGGACUACAGUUACAAUGUAUAGUAGGACUACGAAUCCCAGAUGUGGUGUGGGGUAGAGAGCACUGCACCUGCCAUGUAGUGGCUAUCACCCAGUCUGAAGUCUCCCUUUAGCCCCAAACACUAGACACGGCUUGACGGCCCCUGUACUUCUGGAAGGAUUGAUGUUGAGCAAUAUGGUUAGAGCCAAGUCAGUCAUCUAAUCCUCAGGAAGCUAGGUGGAAUAUCUCCCAUAUUACUACACCCUUCCAGUUCCUUUAGUGCUACAGUUGUUCAUCAAAAAGGGCUUAGGAGUUGGAGCUAAGGGUUGAUUUCAGACCCAGGUCAUGUUGAUAAUCUCUGAAACUGGUGCAAAUUUUUGUUCAAGUGGUGGUAUACCCUGCCUGCAGACCAGCUCAGGUAACAGGGUUUCAGACCCUUCUGAACGAGACCCAGGAGGGGUGACAGUUAGCGCACUUUUUUUCUUGUUUCAAAGCUUUGUUACUUUUCAUAAUCUGCCUCAUGUCUGAGACAUGAGCAUCUGACACGGUAUCCACUUUCAUUCUGAAUUAUGUUUGUUCAUAUUUUUUUAAACAUUUUUUUUGUACUGUAAUUAUAAGAAGCUGGGGUGUCGAACUACAUGUUGGAACUAGUCAUUUAACUAAAAUUCAGUAGCUUUGAGGUAGUUUCAAAUAAAUCUUGGUAGUAUUUUCAGUAUUACUUUUUUGCGUGUAGCAAACUACUGGAACUACACACAACCCGUUUAUUUAUUUUUUUGUGUAAAAUUGGCCAGAACUACUUUUUUGGCAUAAGACCUACUUAAUUGUCACUUGAAAGCGUUUUGGUGUUUAAUAGGGCUGAAUAUUUGAGUCCAGGUUGAUUUUUCACAUAGCAGUUUGGAUGUAGUGAACACAUUUUUCACAAUCACUUUAGUUAAGUAAGCUAUAAAUGUAGCUUCUUCCAGUGCGACGUAAUUGCUAACUUGGUAAACUAUUUUCAGUGUAACUUCCCCCAACACUGAUCUUUUUUUAAUGUUCACUCAGUUCAGAUUUUAGUUUUGAUAAAGCACAAGCAAUUUACAGGCUUCAAAUCUGAUGUUGGUAUCUCUCUCACUGUCUCCUCCUGCUAAGAGGUAAAAAAUAAUGGAUUUCAGGAAGUUCUCAAUCCUGGAUGUUGCUCCCACUACGCAUCACUUCUGUGAAACAUCUACUUCAUCACUGCAUUUUCUUUCAAUAGAAAAUGCCCUUGAGCAAGUCGAUGCUCACACCUCAGAACUAGACCUUGAUUAGACACAGGCUGUAUCUAAUGUCUAGCUAUUAUGGCUGUGUUAUAAGAAGGAAUUACCUUUCCAAGCGCAUAUUGGAUGUUCGCCCAGGGGUUUUCAUUGGAUCAACGUGAAUCUUAUUUUGAUCAACAUAUUGCAAGUAUUUAUUGAUUGUUCUGUGUUUCCUAUAAAAGUGACAAAUAAAGCAUGUUUUAUCAGCCUCAAUUCUGUGAUUUGGGAGGCAAUAAUGCAGGGGUGUCAUGGCGCUCCUGUGUAUUGUUUGAGUCAUUCUCAAUUGACAGACGGUUCAGUGUGAACAAUUCUCGCAGAAUAUUCCAGAAAUCACUCUUGAUACAUGAUCAUGACAUUUACUGUUUUCGUAUGGUGCUUAAAUACAAGUGUUUUACUUUCUCUGUGAGGAAACCAGAAAAAUAAAACUUAGGAGUGAG